AUGGCUCGGUGGAGCUCCUUUGUCCGUGAGACUACAUUCGGACGGCUCGUGCGAGUUUUCAAGCCCUCCGCCUUCCCGUAUGCGGAGGAGAAGCCGGGCUUCGUCGUGCCCACCUUCCAAUGCGACGAGGACCCGAAGCCGCCCCUCCCGCGCGCGCCCGGGCCGACCUCGCCGCCCUCCGCCUGCUCACUGGAGACAGCAGUGGGGGACGACGACGAGAAGAUCUCGUGGCACGACGACCGGCAGACGAAGCUCCCCGUCGUGCCGGACGGCAUCAAGAUCGUAACGUGGUACGGGCCCGAGGACCCGGCGAACCCGCAAAACUGGAGUUUCAGGCUGAAGUGCUGGAUCGUGGCCGUCAUCAUGUUCUACACGUUUGCGAUCUAUGCUGGCUCGUCCAUCGUCGCGCUGGGCACUCACGAGGUCGCGGAGGAAUUCCACGUCGCCGAGAUCGUGGCCACGCUCUCCAUCACGCUGUUCGUCGUCGGAUACGCUGUGGGCCCCCUGUUCCUCUCCCCCUUGAGUGAGAUGGCAAGCAUUGGCCGGAACCCGCCCUAUGUCCUGUCUUUGUUCAUCUUCUUCAUCCUGCAGAUCCCCUCUGCGCUCGUGGACAACUUUGCGGGGCUCUGUGUCCUCCGCUUCUUGGCCGGAUUCAUGGGCUCCCCGCCCCUGGCCACGGGCGGAGCCACGCUCGCCGACGUCUUCUCGGACCGCAAGCUCGGCUACGCCAUGGGCCUGUACGGCGUCGCGCUCGGCGUGGCGCCGGCCACGGCGCCCUUCAUCGCCGGCUUCGCGAUCAUGAACAAGGGCUGGCGGUGGAGUUUCUGGAUCAUGCUCAUGAUUGCGGGGGCUGCGCUUGUGCUCCUCUUCUUCGGCUUGCCCGAGACAAACGCCGACAACAUCCUGUACCGCCGCGCGGCGCGCUUGCGCAAAAUGACAGGCGACGAGAGCUACCACGCCGCAUGCGAGAUUACCGCCAAGGAGAAAACCAUCUCGCACGAGCUGUACGAGGCCCUCGUCCGUCCCAUGGUGCUCACUGUCGCCGAACCUAUCGUGCUCGCCAUCGACCUGUACCAGGGGCUCACUUACGCUAUUCUCUACUCCUACUUUGAGACGUUCCCCAUGGUCUUUGGCGUCGGCAACGAGCACUGGAAGGGCUAUGGGUGGAACAUUGGCCUGAGCGGGCUGCCGUUUAUCGCGCUCACGAUCGGCGGCAUGGCGAGCUACGUCGUGUAUGUGAUUUGGAGCAGGGUGUGGUGGGAGCCGCGCUUCGUGCGUGCUCGGCGCGAGGGGAGGCAGCUCCAGCCCGAGGACUACCUGCCCCUCAGCCUGCCCGGGGCAUUCUGCUAUCCCAUCUGCCUGUUUUGGUUUGCGUGGAGCGCAAACCGCACACACUGGAUCUCGCCCACCAUCGCUAGCGCCAUCUUUGGCCUCGCAGACUGCUGGUCCUUCAUCCCCUAUCUCUCCUACAUGGCCAUUGCGUACCCGAACUGCCCCGCCUCUGCUCUCGCCAGUAACGACUUUGUGCGCUCCAUCAUGGGCGCCGCGAUGCCCAUUGUCGCUCGCCCUUUGUUCAAUAACUUGGGUAUUGACUGGGGAAACUCCCUCAUGGGCUUCAUCUCGGUCGCGUUCAUCCCCAUCCCCUUCGUCCUCUGGAAGUAUGGCCCGUGGCUUCGUGCCAAGUCGAGCCGUGCCGCCACCUUUGUCUAA